AGAGACUGAGGGGCUAUUGUGCAAUCAGGGGUCCUUUGCAUAUCCAGUUACUGCUGGUAAUACAAUUCCUGUAGCUUAUUAUUAUUGCAGCCACCAUAUUUCACCUGCUUGAUAUUAGGUAGUAUUUUGUACCUGUAGUUUUGACCUCCAAAGCUAUUAAGCCUCACAACAUGGAAGACAACAAGCGCUACGGUGUCUGCUGGCGCUAUAUGAAUAAACGUAAGGUGUCGGGUGGCAAGGUGAAGAAAUCGGGGAAGAGAGGAAGAAAACCGGCUAAGGUGGAUUUGAAAGCUAAGUUAGAGCGGAGCCGGCAGAGCGCCCGGGAAUGCAGAGCCCGGAAGAAGCUGCGUUACCAGUACCUGGAGGAGCUGGUGUCCAGUCGAGAGAGGGCCAUCUGUGCCCUGCGGGAGGAGCUGGAGAUGUACAAGCAGUGGUGUUCAGCCAUGGACCAAGGGAAGAUCCCGUCGGAAAUCAAAGCCUUGCUCAACGGCGAGGAUCUGAAUAAAUCCGCCCCUAACUCCGGGAAGCCUCACCGACCUGGGAAGGCGGACAUCACAGAGAAACGUACCUGAACGUCUUUCUGCUCGCCGUUGUUACGUAGAGAAGAGAACAGGCGCAUGUUCAUUGGGCUGCGCGGGGAAGCCAUCUUGGUCUUUGGAUGGACACCAGACUGAGCUUUGACGAUUACACCAGGAAGCCAAGGCUGUGCGAAGUCCUGCUUGAAAUCCUGGAGUUUUGAGGACAGCCAUCUCUCUAUCUUUGUUUCCAGAUAAAAAAAAGAGGGGCUGUUGCUAAACCCUCAACCAUAACACUACUGUGUUACGCUUUCUACCCCCUCCCCCAUUCUGCUUUGGUAGGAAUUACCCCCUGAAGGGCACAUAUAGAACCUUUAAGAUCAAUUUUCUAUUUUAAGUAGGGCAGAGGACUUGUAAAUACAAGAAUCUGUAUUACUUGUACAUUUUAGUAGACUAAGGGGAAGAAAACUGUGUAAGUUGAUGAUGUCAUGCAAUUAACUUCAUGUCAUAAUACGCAGAGGGAGCGUCUAUGGUUUGAAUUUGCCAUGGAGCUGCAUGGUGUUUGCCGUGGUUUAGAAAUCGAUGUUCAUUUUCUGCUCGCUAACAUGUGACCUUCUGGACAGCUCCAUACUUCUUGUGAGUGAGUGUCAGCUCUCCACCGUUAUUCUGUAGGCUGAGA